AUGGCCACGCCUGCUCCUGUUUCUUAUUUUCUAAAUCACGAAUUUACCUUUGCGCCUGUUCUCCCUUGGCCUUCCGCCUGUCGGAUUGCCCAGGGGAGCGCCAAUCAGCGAUCACCGCUGGGAGAGGGAUGCUGCCAUUGGCUGAGGGGUGUCAGUGGGCGGGACGCUGUUUGGACCGGGACCGAGUGGGCCGGAGACCGGGAGCUGCGCCUCGGGUUUCGGCUGCACCACCGGCGGGUCGUGAAUCCUUUCGAAGGCAGAGCUGAAGCGACCGGCGGAGAUUCCGUGAGAUAUUCCAGCUACACGGAGGCGCCCGGCCUUUCCCCGCCGAGGAUCGGGGCCUGUUGUCUGGAGUUGUCUCCCAGACCCGUCCCUUCCUGCUGGGAGACGGGAGCUGCCCCGCAGCGGCUGCCGGUGGAUCUCCGGGGCUCUCACCGCUCCCCUGUGCAAUCCGAACGGCUGAAAACCAAGGGAGAACAAGGGGCAAAGAUGCUGCCUGAGGUGCUGAGUUCCUGCAGCGUUUUGUGUGAGUCGCUUUGGAUUUCCAGCAUUUGCAGACUUUCUCCUGUUGGUUCCAGAAAUCGCCGCGCGAUCACAUGCGCAUGCGCACGGUGGACAAAAAGCUCGGAGACUCGCGGCAGAACUGUGGGAAGGGAUUCACUCUUCACUCACUCAUCUCACCUGCAUGCACAACAGCGAGUUCACACUGAUAAGAUGUCGUUCACCUGCGCUGAUUGUGGGAAGGGAUUCCCUCGGUCAUCCAGCCUACUGACACACCA